UUGCUUCCUUUCACAGUUCGCAGUCAAUCAGUGACUCAAAUUUGUGAUGUGCUUCGCUCAGUCGAGCUCGGUCGUUGCAUCGGUUUGGAUGGCGUGCAAUGGCUAAUUUGGCAUCGUCGCAUCUACUAUUUAUUACGUGUUACACUCGGAUCCACGCAUGUAAACAGCUGGUUGUCUCGUCGCCAGUCGGAGAGUGGGUCGACGACGAUUCUGCGGGAUAGGACGCUCGCUUGUUGACGCUCCACAGGACGCUUGUGAAUUUUUCAAUCGUCGAUACAUCGGAAUCCUAAAGAAUGGAGACACAGGAGAAACUCGAGCGCGAGAACUCGGCAGGAAACAACCUGCAAAAUCGCACUUGGAGUCAAUGUGACAGCGAGGAGGAGGAGGAGAUCGCCAGCGAGAAUGCACUGCUGAACGAAACCAAUGAACCGAGGCAAAAUCAUUCCACUCCGAUGGAAUGCAAAACUUGCUCGGUCACGACGUUUGCGGAGGAAAAAAUGCGCCGCAAAUUGCGAUUUUUCUUCAUGAAUCCGAUCGAGAAGUGGCAAGCGAAACGGCGUUUCCCGUAUAAAUUCGUCGUCCAAGUCGUCAAGAUCAUCCUUGUGACCGUACAGCUCUGUUUGUUCGCACACAACAAUUAUAUGCAUGUUAAUUACACAUGGGACAACCGAAUCACGUUCUCUCAUCUGUUUUUGAUGGGAUGGGAUUCGACUCAAGAAGUACCUGCAUAUCCACCCGCAACAGGACCUUUGGCAGUUUACAAACGCAGCGGUUUCUUCGAUGCCAUUGAUUACGCACUGUCCGGCUACUAUCACAUUGACGAUGCCAUUGGCUCGUACUCUUACAUCGCUGAAGACAACUCGGUCGGACCUGUAAUUCUGUGUUUGUAUCAGUACAAAGAAGGCAUCAUAUUCGGCUUCAACGAGAGCUACGUAUUUGACAACGAAAUCGUAGAGACAUGCGUGAAUAUCAGUCUCGAGACCUUUCAGACAUUUACAUCAUCGCACAAUCUUCUACAAAAUAGAAACAUCCAUGUCAACUUCUCUGCGCUAGUACGCGCUCAUCUCAAAUUCGCCCUAAAGACUGUAAACUUGAAAGCUGCCGGACCGAUGACGCCUCCCGAUUGCUAUCGCUUUAACGUGAAGAUCGAUUUCGAUAACUGCGAUUUCGAUGGACAAAUGCUGCUUUCGUUGGACGCCGAGGCCAGAAAACUGCAGUGCAAAGGCGAUACCCGAUAUAUAACGGACAAUCGCAUUGAAUCUGCGCUUAGAACCCUGUUGAAUUUACUCGUUAUACUGAUCUGCUCAAUUUCCCUGUUAUUGUGUUCGCGAGCGAUAUAUAGAGCGCAGUUGCUGAAAUUCGAGACAGUUAACUUUUUUAAGAAGACGUACGGCACGACGCUGAGUCUCGAGGGUCGUCUGGAAUUUUUGAACCUCUGGUACAUCAUGAUUAUCGUCAACGACUUGUUGAUCAUCAUCGGCACCAUUAUAAAAGAACAAAUUGAACGGAAGCACUCCGAGACCGAUCACUGGAACAUCUGCAGCAUAUUUCUCGGCACCGGCAAUUUGCUUGUAUGGUUCGGCCUUUUGCGUUACCUCGGCUUCUUCAAGACCUAUAACGUCGUUAUCCUGACUCUGAAAAAAGCGACCCCGAAGGUGGCCAGAUUCUUGAUAUGCGCGAUUCUCAUAUAUGCCGGUUUCACAUUUUGCGGCUGGCUGGUGCUCGGACCGUACAACAUGAAGUUUCGUUCACUUGCGACCACCUCGGAGUGCCUGUUCGCGUUGAUCAACGGCGAUGAUAUGUUCGCAACAUUCUCAAUCACGUCUUCCAAAUCGGUGGUGCUAUGGUGGUAUUCUAGGAUCUACUUAUAUUCGUUCAUCUCACUGUAUAUUUACGUCGUCUUAAGUUUAUUCAUUUCUGUGAUAAUGGAUGCGUACGACACGAUCAAGAUCUACUAUCGCGAGGGCUUUCCGAAGAACGACCUGCAGACUUUCAUAGCCCCGUGUACGGAUGAGGCGACGAGCGGUAUCUUCAGGGACGAAUCCGAAAGAAGCGAUUUGACAGAACUGUUCGAUCGGUUCUGCUGUUGUCGAAAAAGGCCCUUUUACGGAUCUUUCUCGGACUCGGGAGACUCUCCGGCCAAGUCCGAACAAAUGUGCGGCGGAGCCAUCUGCGUCUAGCGCGUUAAUAGAGAGUAACUGGAGGUGUUAUGGUGCAACUAUGAAUACGCGAUACGACAAUAGAUCAGUUACAUCAACAUCCUUGAUCUAGUAAUGUUGAUUGAUGAUUUCCUGUUUUUGGAUCUGAAGAAACGAAAGUUAAUUGUGUCUUUAUAGCUAUUAUUUCAUAGUAACGCACCUAUAUUCAUCUCUCUUUUGUACUUUGUAAGAACUGUGACGUUAUUCAAAAACAUUAAGAAAAUUGAAAUCUUAAAAGUUCUUUAAAAAUAAAAGAAAGGUAGAAUAAAAAAGAUUAUUCUAUUCCCGACAUAAUUUUGAUUUUUCUUAAAUAUUAAAAUACAAAGUUACCAGCUAACAGGGAAAUGAACUCUAAUUGACUGAUACAAUUGACUCAAGUACACAGAUGAUGAUAGCAAAUGUUGCAUUUAUGCGACAACUGCGAAAUCUUUCUGUUAUUGCCAUAUAAGUUUAGUUUUGAAUGCAAUAGUUUAGAAAAAUGUUUAUUAUAUUAUAUAUGAUAGUCUUUUUUCAUUUUAGUUUUUAAUAUCUUAUAAAAUUAUUAGUCGCAGAGCAGAAAAAUCAGUUUUGCUGACUUUGUUAAGUUAUAUUUUAUUAAAUGCUUUCUAGAGGUCCAUUAACUUCCAACACUUUUAGCUAAGGCCAAUUAAAGUUAUAUUUAUAGGUGCAUAUUGAAAAACAAAUAAGUAAACGAAAAACGAGCGAAAUUUUCAAUCUACUAGAGUGCAACGCUAGUAGCACUAACAUAGUAGGUAAUUUUUGCUGAACGUGAUGUUUUAUCGCUAUGUCGAAAAUUUGUGUACAAACAGUAUUUUAUCGAAAUAGUUUUUAAUGUACAUUCGCGUUUAUAAUACACGAUUGUGCAUUUAUUAUUGUACUUUGUAACCAUAAAUAUAUCUCUGAUAUUUUGAAAAAAAACAAAAUAUAUGUAACGUUGCUUUAAAAAAUAGUAAUAUUGCUUUUAUGAUGUGUCGAAUAUCAACAAAUAUUCUCCAAGAAAGUAAUUAGAAACCUCGUUCAAGCAGCUUAAUCGUUACAUAAAUCAAUGUUGUUAUAAUAAUACCAAAGUUACCGUAAAAAAAAAGACAUGUAACGUAUAAUUUAAGUUAAACAUAUCCGUGUUCAUUGAAACAUAAUACAUUUAUAUUUGAUUUGAUAAUUGUUCUACAGCUUGUAAGCGUGUUCUGCAUAAAAGUAAUUUAUAUUCGAAAUAUUUGUUUAUAAAUUACAUAAUUAUGCAAUAGCCAUUGUUCUAUCUUUCAUGCAUGUCUGUAUUGUAGUAAAAAAUAUAUAAUCUUUGUAUUAAACGGCUUUUACAAGCACUUGUAUAUAAAUUACGUGCAUUCCCUGUAGGAUGAGUUCGCACAAGAGCAACAUUAUCCAAAGAAAUAUAUUUAUAUAUUUACAUUGAAGUACAAUAAAUGUUCAAUUUUUUUAAACAGAA